GCCUUUGAGGAGUGACGCGCGUGCACGCUCCCUGUAUCCUGCUGGUCUGUAAGCCAACGUCAGCGGCUGUGAGGAGAAACAACACGGAGUCUUCACGUCGUUUAGACCGGCUCAUUUUGCAUGAAAACGACGUGGGGAAGGGGGAACAACGAUCCGAGUGAGACAGGUGUCCUGGUUGGACAAGAGGCCAUUUGUGUGUGUAAGGCCUUGUGAGGACCGAACAGACGAUCCAAACACCAUGGAUAGUUUUGGGUUCUCCAGUCCGGUUCUGGGCGAGGAUCGCUCCGUCAUGGCUCGCAUGCAGAAGAAAUUCUGGAAGACGAAGCAGGUGUUGAUCAAGGCGACAGGGAAGAAGGAGGACGAGCAUGUGGUGGCGUCGGACGCGGAUCUGGACGCAAAGUUGGAGUUUUUUCGUUCGAUACAGAUCACAUGCACAGAGCUGCUGAAAGUGAUAGAAAAAUACCAGCAAAGGAUCACACGUCUGUCUCAGGAGGAGAACGAGCUGGGAUUGUUCCUGCGCUUCCAGGCAGAGCACGACAGGACUAAAGCUGGAAGCAUGAUGGAUGCCACAAGCAAGGCCUUGUGUACCUCUGCCAAGCAAAGGUUGGCUCUUUGUUCCCCACUGCAGCGGAUGGAGCAGGAGAUGGAGACGUUCCGGAGGAGGGCCAUUGCCGACACGCUGCUGACCAUGAGCCGCAUGGAGAAGGCGAGGACGGAGUACCGCGGCGCUCUGCUCUGGAUGAAGGACGUCUCCCAGGAGCUCGACCCUGACACCUACAAACAGCUGGAGAAGUUCCGCAAGGUGCAGGCACAGGUGAGGGGAACGAAGGUGCACUUUGAUAAGCUGAAGACUGAUGUGUGUCAGAAAGUGGACAUGCUGGGAGCGAGUCGUUGCAACAUGCUGUCUCAUUCUCUGUGCACUUACCAGACGACACUCCUGCAGUUCUGGGAGAAGACGGCAAGCAUCAUGUCUAGCAUCCACGAAGCCUUUAAGGGAUACGUGCCGUAUAACUUCACCACCCUGAAGGAUUUAAGGGACCCGCUGGAGCACCUUUCCGAAGGUCUGUCACUGGACGACGACCAGGAUAAAGAGAAGCAAAAGCCUGCAGAGAAUCUUGUGUCACUGGAGGAGGAGAACUCGGGAAAGUCAGCGCUAGAAGCCGGUUCUCUCACUGGUGUUAAUCAGGACAGACAUUCUGAGGGCUCCUUAGCAGCCAGUUUAGACUCGGCUUUGUUUGAGCCCUCAGGCCCCGUCAGCACAAUCACCACAAACGAUGACCUCUUACUCAUGACCCUUGACCCUGAGCCUGACCCCACCCUGAGCCAUGCCAUGACCCCGACUCUGCCUAUAACGCAGCCUCAGAGCCACCCAGAGGCCUCAUUGCUCCCGGAUGUCCAGUCGGACGUGUCUCAGGGGCAAAACAUGGAGUCCUUUGUUCCAAUACCACUAACUGAGAAGGUCGGCAGGGAUUUGCUCUCGGACCUCAUGCGGCACUCUGACCUGGAAGAGGAAGAAGGAGUGAGAGGUGAUCUGUCCUUCCUGCAGGAUCUGCUGAGCCCCGGAGCCUCCAGCGGAGCUGAUGACUUCAGUAAGGCGUGGCAGGAUGCUUUCGGCUGCUUCGAAGCCCCUGCGAGUGUCCCACGUUCCACACACACUGCUGCAGCGAGCAGCACCGACGCACCUCGCGCUCCCUCACAGCCCCCGAGUCCCACCGGAUUCCUGCCUUCACAGCUCCUCGACCACAGGCUCAGUACCACCGGAUGGAUGACUCCUCCCAUGUUGCAAGCUCCUCCCCUUCAAGCUCCACCCACUGUUGAUCAGGUCCCGGCUGCACAGAACAGCUCCAGGACACUGGACAACGCUCCUAAAGGUGGAUCUCGGGACAUGUCUGCAUGGUUUAACCUGUUUGCUGAUCUGGAUCCGCUUUCCAACCCUGAUGCAAUUGGACGAAGUGAUGAGGAGCUGCUAAAUGCCUGAGGAGAACAGAAGAAAAAAAACAGCUGCAUAUUCUUUGUGCUGAGUCCCACUGAGCCAAGGAUGGAGCCUGGAAAACCUGGAUCAGCCUUUUUGUGUCUGUGUGUGUGUGUGCGCACGUGCUCACUCAUAGAAUUACAUAUUAAUCCGCUUUGCAUUUCUUUUGCAAGUUUUGUUUUCUGUUUUCUUCUUUUUUAAUAAAGAAGACCGCACUGUAUACUGUACACGAAAGCCACAGAGGGAUGUGGAGGUGACGACCGUAAAUCUACACUUAAGAGCGAGUUUCACGUGUCUGUAAAUAAUCAAACACUGGAAUGUUUUAUAAAUCAACUGUAGAUCAUUUGACGGACACGUUUCUGUCCGUGUGAAACACUACGCUCACUACGCUCUGCGCGAUUACAGAACAACGAGCGAAAAUGGGAGCAGACGUCUGCCUCAGCUAGAAUCAGGGAUUUCUGAUUAAAGACUCGGCACGAGUGAAAAAUCCCUGAUUAUAGCUUUAAAUAAAAGAUAGAAAACAAGAAACGUGUGUGUGCUCACGUGGCACAGAGAAAGGAGAUUUUUCUACUUAUUAACCCUUUAAAGUCUAAUAACCUGCUUUAAAAAUGCAUACAUGGAGUUCAAAGGGUUAAGUGUGUGUGUGUGUGUGUGUGUGUGUUGUAUUUUGUAUUAUAUCUAAAUUUACUUACAACCACCAAGCUCCAGCAACCUAUACAUUUGAGUGCAAAUGUUUGUGCCCCCCCCCAAUCACUAAAUAAACUGAUAGGAAAUAAAAUUUCAUGUAUUUACUGUUGUGCUUUCAUCUGUGAAAUAUCACAUGAAUGUAGCGUGUUAUAACGUUGUGUAUUAAUGUUAAGAAAAAAAAAGCUGAACACUUUGAAAUAUUCAAAUUAAAACAAAGGAAAGGGGCACAAACUUUUGCACUUUCGACCUACGUGUGCAAUCUUUUAUCCUCUCCGUGCACCUAAAUCCACACUGUUACGUGUGAUCCUUUUAUUUGACAUCUGAUUAUCUAACGGUUGUAAAAGUAUUAGCACCCAUCGUCUACGGUUUUUCAGGCUUUCGCUUUUACACAUGCGUGCAAACUGAUCUUACAUUCCACUUUUGCCUGAAUGCACAUCGAUGCUUCUUAACUCUGAUAUUUAAAAGAAAAAGAAAUGGGAAAAAAAAAAGAUUUCUACAUUGCCUUGCACUUUUGAUUGUGUUUAAAACCUUUCCGACUUCAUAAAGAAUGUACACCGCACCGUUCACGGCUGCGUUCGACUCGAUUUAUUUUAUGCAAUCAUCGAUUUAUUCUCUUUUUUUUUUCUUUCUUUCUUUUUUGAUCGAUCAUGUGACAAUUUACAAUGUUAUGGACAGAUGUGAUCUUUACAGUGACUGUACUCGUGAGACUGACGGCCGACCAGACGAUAAAAUAAACUCAUUAUAUUUCA